GUGGACUCCUCGAGAGUCGGGAAAGCUGGAAGCAAAAAAAAAGUGCAACCACGAAACAGCACCAUGCGCCUCCCCUGAGUAGGUUUGGAAUAAUCACCGGGAGGACGUCUGUACUGAAACUAUAUUAAAUAAUGACAACGUCUGGCCACCUUGGAUCUCCCAUGACAUUGUUUAACUUCUCGGUUUUACGGACAGCCUUCGCCGCCGCUGCCCGUCUGUAACGCCGCUCCGCCGCUACACAGAUGGACUAAGAAAUCAAGCAAGAAUGGAGGAUUAAAUUGGAGUGGAACAUAUUUUCUUUCAUCCUGCUGGAGCUACCUUUUUGGAUAUGGGUGUUCACGGAUAACUGGAUUUUAAGUGUAGUUGAAAGAUGGCAUCACGUUGGGUUCAUCCUUGUGAGGAUGAUGAGAGGCAACACGCAAGAUCUUCUUUCUGUGAGAAUGAAUCUCCAGAGUGGAGAAGCUUGGCUGAUUCCCCUGCAGCGCAAUACCCAACAGAAGAGGAGCCGUUCUCAUGGCCGAGACCUAAAACCGUGCGUUUGCGGCGUACUACCCAAGGGUUUGGCUUCACCCUGCGGCACUUCAUCGUGUACCCGCCAGAGUCCACCAUGCACUGCUUCCCGGAGGAAGAUCAUGGCCGAAGAGGGGGACAACGGAAUAGGCUUGAACCAAUGGACACCAUUUUCGUGAAGCAAGUCAAAGAAGGAGGCCCUGGUCACGGAGCUGGGCUUUGCACAGGUGAUCGAAUAGUGAAGGUGAAUGGAGCGAGCAUCAUCGGGAAAGCCUAUUGUGAGGUUAUAUCCUUGAUCCAAGACAGUGGUGACUUUCUAGAACUUUGUGUGAUGCCAAAAGAUGAGGAUAUACUGCAACUGGCCUACUCCCAGGAUGCCUACCUCCGUUGCCGCAGCAGCUACAGUGGAAAUGCCUGUCACAUUCCUGAACCACCCCCAGUAUGCUACCCCAGAGUAGACUGUAAGCCUACGGGCAUGGCCCAGGCAACAGAUGCAUCAGGGCAGCUCUGCCGAGGGCCACCAGCACCUCCUGAUCAUGGGUACCGCAAGGAGAUCACAGUGCCCCCAUCCCCUCCUCCUCCAUCAUAUCCAAAAAGCCAGAUGGCAGUGUGCAUGCGCAACGACAGCGUGCGGACUGUGGUGGUUCCUCCUGACUCAGCCCAAAUCGGGCGCAUGGGUCCAACACAUAGGAUAGAUUACAUGGACCCGGUCUUUGCCAGAGGAAGGCCUGGGUCACUGGCCCAGUAUCCUCACGCUCUAAAGGCUGAUGUCUAUCCCAGUGGUCCCGGAAUGGUCCAAUAUGGAGGUCAGGCCCCUCACUACCCAGGCAACAAUCAAAACAUUGAUUGGCGCACUUACCAAACAUACAGGGAGUACAUUGACAACAAAGGAAUCCAUUCCCAUGGUAGUCGGACUAUCCAGGAGAGACUGGACAAUUUGCGAGCAUCCAAUCAGACCACCUUUGGCGCCUCACAUCACAUUCCCCGGGGAGACUGGGGCCCUAAGGGGAUACGACGGAGGAGUACUUCCCAUGAACGGUCAUACCAAGGACCUCCACCCCACUUUCAAAUUGCCCCACGCAGUGCUUCGCAGGACCGUAUGAGCGGUCCAGAGAGAAUGGGCCAUACCAGGAACUGGCCUCCUCGAAGCGUGUCGCAAGAUGGCCUGAUGCACAAAGCACGGGCACACUCCACAGACUAUGUUGACCCUGCAGAGCUGGCUCGGCCCAAUGACAGGAGAGGAGGGUACGGAAGGGCAGACCAAGGUACGAGGCCCAGCAGACAGUCUGUCCCCAGACACGCCAUGCUCUACAGACCAUCUGCUGGGUACAGCGGUGGCAUGAGGGGGGCACCAAACCCUUCUCUUUACUCUAAAGGACCAGAUUCUCUUCAGACCCGCUCCUCACCCAUGCUCUCAGACAGACACUCACAUUAUGUAAAGAGCACAAGUGCUGAACAUUCUCUUAUUGACCAAAGAGUUGCCGUCAAAGGAAAACAUGCAACCCACUCUAUCCAACAAGGCCAGAGCAGGAUCCUGGCUGAAACCAUGCUGGCUGUUGAGGCAGGUAGAGACACAGCAUUGGUAGGACACAGGUCUUCUUCAUGCUCCACCCCAAAACACAUGCCUCAGAGGCCUAGCAUCCUCAAACCACCUCAUCCAAACUCCCAGAGUCACGUCAACGGGCGAAGCCCCUUGGACAGCGGUGUCAUUCUAAGGGAGAAACCCCCCCCUGGAAAGAACCCCAGCCCUUUGCGGCACCCCUCCUACAUCCUGGCUGUAAAUGAUGACGGACCCGAUUCCACAGCAGAUGUGGCAGCAUGCUGGCUUCCAAACGAUGCACGUCGAGAGAUACGCAUGCGCCGCCUUGGGGAACAAUGUCACACCUCCUGCUCCAGCAACCUGGAUGAGUCUCUGGACUCCAUUCCAUUCAUCGAUGAGCCAAUCAGCCCCAGUGUCGACCGGGAGGCCCCUCCUAUUCCACCAUCAGCUGUGAUAUCUGUUGCACCAUCCAUAACUACAGAUCCAUCCACUCCAGGCUCACCAUGCCCUCCCAUUCGUCGACAGCUGUCACAUGACCAAGAGUCCCUGAGAAGUGCUUUGUUGGAGUCUGAUGCAACCAGCAAAACAGAGCGGUCCAAAUCUUAUGAUGAGGGUCUGGAUAACUACCAGGAGCAGGGUAGAAGGAGAUCUUCCAGUAAGAAUAUGCCUGGUCUCAAGGGCCUGAGGAAGGCUCUGGAUGGACAUAAAUCUUCUGGUGAUUCGGGAUCUCGAAGGGAUUCUUCUUCAGAUAUCUUUGCCAAUUCUUCCAAAGAAGGGUUGCUCAAUUUGAGGCAACUUAGUACGGAUAAAAAUAAGCGCGUUAGUGGAGGAAUGAGAUCAUGGAAGCCGAUGUAUGCUGUUUUACAAGGUCACACUCUAACCCUCUACAAAGACAGGAAGGACGCAGUGUCUCAUGCGUCGACGCCAUCUGACGAGGACCCACUGCGAAUCAGCAUCAAGGCCUGUCUGGUUGACAUCUCCUAUAGCGACACAAGACGCAAGAAUGUGCUGCGACUCACGACCUCAGACUGCGAGUAUUUGUUCCAGGCAGAAGGGAGGGACGACAUGCUGUCUUGGAUCAGAGUCAUUCAGGAAAACAGUAACCCAGAUGAAGAGAAUGCUGCUGUCACAAGUCAGGACUUGAUCAGUCGAAAGAUCAAGGAAUACAACAUGAUGAGUACGCCCAGCAGCAGGUCUGAGCCGUCCCCCAAAACUUCCCGUCAGUCCCUAAGUAUUAAACAAGCCUUCCUGGGAGGUAAGACAGAAGGCAAGAUCCACAGUCCUCAUUCACCCAAAACAGGAGAGGAUAGGAGGGCAAUGAAAGACGACUCCAGCCCACCACGGGACAGAGCUGCUUGGAAAAUUGGCAUUGCAGGGAUCAUGAGGAAGCCCUUUGAAAAAAAGACUCCAGCUGGGGUCACGUUCGGGGUUCGGCUUGAUGACUGUCCACCUGCACAAACCAACAGGUUUGUCCCUCUGAUUGUGGAGGUCUGCUGUAAUGUGGUGGAGGAGAGAGGCCUUGAGUACACAGGAAUCUACAGAGUGCCUGGGAACAACGCUGCCAUCUCCAGCAUGCAGGAGGAGCUCAACAGCAAAGGCAUGACUGACAUCGACGUCCAGGAAGACAAAUGGCGGGACCUCAAUGUCAUCAGUAGUUUACUUAAGUCCUUUUUCCGAAAACUUCCAGAACCGCUGUUUACAAAUGAAAAGUAUGGUGACUUUAUUGAAGCCAACAGAGCAGAAGACUCAGUGGACAGAUUAAGGGAGCUCAAGAAGCUGAUACAAGAAUUACCUGAUCAUCACUUUGAAACUCUGAAAUAUCUUUGUGCUCACCUCAAGAAGGUUUCUGACAACUGUGAAAAGAACAAGAUGGAGCCUCGUAAUCUGGCGAUUGUGUUUGGUCCUACGCUGGUCAGAACCUCUGAGGACAACAUGACCAACAUGGUCAAUCACAUGCCAGACCAGUGCAAGAUAGUUGAGAACCUUAUCCAGCAAUACGACUGGUUCUUCACUGACGACAGCGAUGAGGACCCUGUUACCACAGCUGAGCAGGAGAGCACAGUGCAGUCUCAGCCUGUGCCCAACAUCGACCACCUGCUCUCCAACAUUGGGCGGUGCACAGCGUCACCCGGCGAAGUCUCAGAUUCAGCAUGUAGUGACUCCUCCAAAUCAAAGGGCUUGUGGGGGUCAGGGAAGGAUCAGUGUAGCAAAGAGAUGCUGCGCUCCUCCUUCUUCGCCAGCCGCAAACGAAAGAAGCCCAAGGACAAAGCUCAUCCAAGCAGUUCAGACGACGACCUGGACGCUGUGUUCCCCAAGAAGGAGCUCGCUGAGGAGGGCCGGCAGAAGCCCAUGUGGUCCCCAGACAGCCGGACCGAGGGAGAGACGGAUGAAACCAGUGAGAAAGACAAGCACAGGACCAGCUCAGAGGAACACGUUGACCGACCCAACAGGAAAGAGUCUCUCUCUUGCAGCCUGAUAUCGCAGCCUUCUCCCUCCCAGCCCCCGGAACACAUUUCCUCCCCCCUUCAAAGUGGCUCACCCUACGCCUCGCCCACCCAUUCCCCUGACCUCAGCUACCGCAUGCCGAUGGCUCACCAGUCCUCUCUGUCGGACCCGCCUUCCAACUACGACGACACGGUGUCCGACCUCGGUACGAUGAACAGCACCAGCUCCCAGGCAUCGGUGCCAAGAGUGAGGCGAGGAAGGGGGGUGGCACUGGGUCCAGAAACUGGCCCGAGCGGGCUGGGAGCGGAGGUCUGCUCCAUCACCUCCGACUACUCCACCACCUCCUCCAUGACGUUCCUGACUGGAGCUGAACUCAGCACCCUCAGUCCUGAAGUGCAGUCCGUGGCGGAGAGCAGGGGUGGAGACGAUGCAGACGACGAGAGAAGUGAGCUCAUCAGCGAAGGGCGGCCGAUGGAGACGGACAGCGAGAGCGACCUGUCGGUGUUUACAGUCGGGAAGACUGAUCAGCGAGAACUGCAGGAAGCUCCUCGACCCCUCCCCUCUCACAGACUCAUCGAGUGUGAUACCCUCUCCAGGAAGAAAGCUGCUCAACAGAAAACCGUCAGCGAGUCUUCACUGGAUGGCGCUUGGAGCGAUAAAGAUUCCAACAGACUGUCGUGUGUGUUGGGGUCGGGUAAAGGUUGCUCCACAGGCAGCCUCAGCUCCUCGUCUCGUGGCGAAUUAGAUAAGGCAGAGCCUGCAUGGAGGCUCAAGAUCACUGACAGACUGAAGGUGCGUCUGCGAACGUCUGUGGACGACAUGUUUGGCGUGGGCAGCCAGAGGAGCCGGUCCCCGGAGGGCCGCAGUAAGAAAAAGAACAUCCGACGCAGACACACCAUGGGCGGCCAGAGGGACUUUGCAGAGCUGUCUGUUUUGGGAGGCUGGUCGCAACAUGUUGGCAUCGGCUCAGGCUCUCGGUCAGAGCUGUCAGCUGUGGACCAGCUGAAGCCCAAGUGCAGCUCUCAAGACUUCUCCAUUAGGGACUGGAUCGUUCGCGAGCGCCAUCGCACCAGCAAUCCCGAGGUCAGCCUGGACCUCUCUGAACAGCAGGGGGGACUGUGCAGCGGAAACUCUCAGAACCUCGGAGCUUCGUCCUCUUCUGAACCCCAGCAUCGUUCAGCUGAUGUGUUGAACGGAGAUGUCCCCCAGAGUAAAAGUCUGAGCCUUUCGGCCACCGCUCACCCUCAUAAACUCACUAAUUCCCAGGUGGUCCAUUCGCGCUUCUACCAGUACCUGUGAGAUGUGUUAGACAUGUGUGACUGUGUAUGUUCUCCGUCUGUGAGAUGUGUACGUACUUGGGAGUCUUGAAUGUGCAACACUUUUUUUCUGCUUUCUCGUACUUGGGAAUCUGUCAGUAUAAUGUCUGUUGUGCGACCAAUGUUAGUGAAUGAGCAUGUUGUACAAACCUGUCUGGAGUGUGUGUGGGUCCGUAACUGGUGUGUGUGCGUGUGCUUGUGAAAAGAGAAUAACUGCAUACAGGGAUCGUUGAUGUUGCUCAUGUAUAAGGCAUGAAACAAAAUGGUGUUUAUACCUUUUUAAUUUUCUUUUUUUAUGACAAAUGACUUUGGGAUGGCGCAGCAGGAGGACAUCCUCUCUCCUAAUUCAAAUCCCUGUUAUGCUGAAGAUUCAGAGGACCUGUCGCUCAUGUAACAAUGAGCCUGUGAAGUUUGUGCAAGGAAGUGUGAACAGUGACACUUGAGUCAAGAUUGUGUAAAAGUUUAGCUAAGUGGCUUUAAGGAUGAACUGACUUAGAAAGAAUAGGAAGUAGUAAAAAGAUUUUAGUAUUGCAGAGGAACUAUUUUUGUGUAAAGAAAGUUACGAAGUCCAAUGUCAGUGAGUCUCUCAGUUACCAAAUGAAGAAUGUACAGACAUGCUUGCUGUAAUACUGACUAAAAGCUUUAGAUGCUUGUGUUUCACUCUAAAGUGUACAUACCCCUAUUUUUUGGUGUACUUGAAUUGUGAUUUUGGUACAGCCUGUGUGUGAACUGCCUACAAGCUCUCUGCUGUCAAAGGGGCCUUUCCAAAGGUACAAAGGUGACGAGGAGACACUGGACUUAUGCAAAUAGAAAUAGAGAUUCUAAUUCAUACCAGUUAUGUGGUCAAAGAGCAGUGAACAACAUCCCUCUAAUGCAAAUGUUAUGCUGUGUUUUAGUGUUUGUGGUUCACACAUCUGGCUGAAAAGUAGAUUGCAAAGAGGAAGAAAAAGUGUGAAGAAAAAGAAAAUGUGUAUUCAAAUCAGAAAAUCAUGUUUUUCACAAUAGGAAGUGCCUCACUAUGAAUUGUUAAGGGUGCCAUAUUGUCUUUGUUGAGAUACACGAAGAUGUUACUGUGAAUGACAUUUUUAUUGUGGACUCUCAGUCAUUCUAGAGGUUACAUAACAAAAUGCCGAGCUUCCAUUCCUUAGGCAUUCCACUCUGGUCUUAACAUGUUUUAUACAUUUUUUUCCCUCCUGUUUUUCAUUUUUUGAUUUUAACAGAACUUGAAUUUUAAAUGUUUCUUGUAAAAAUAAGUAACUUAAAUGUAAAUAUAAAUGCCAUGUUUUAGCUGCUUUACUUUUCAUUUCCAUCAGAUUGCAAGAUUAAAGUACAGUAUUGUUAGAUGAUGAUGAUGAUGAUGCUGCUCAUGAGGCCUCUGUGGGUGUUGUGGGCAGAUUGGUACUUCUCUGAGGACAGAGGUCCUGCAUGAGGAAACACUUCAUUGAGCUGGACCGUUGUAACAAUGCUGUGUUCCUCUGAUUGUUAGAGGGGUGUGCACAGACUCCUGAAACACUGGAAAUAAAUUUUGUC